AUGGCUCUCAAACGAAAGCAGAACUCACAGCAGGCGUCCUCGAAGAAGAAGAGCAAGCACACGAAAAUGGCACAACAAGUCAAAGAAGCAUCACCAUUUAAGACUCUCCCCAUCACGCUGUUGUCGGGAUUCUUGGGCAGCGGCAAAACAACACUUCUCAGCUACAUCCUCAACUCCAAAGAUCAUGGACUGAAGAUUGCAAUGAUCGUCAACGACAUGGCCGCUGUUAAUGUGGACCAAGGUAUCAUCGUAGCAGACGGUAAGAAGAAGGGCCGAGAAGCAGAGAAGAUGAUCGCCAUGCAGAACGGCUGCAUCUGUUGUACACUCCGUGGCGACUUCGUUAUUGAGCUGGCGAAGAUGGCCAAAGCUGGUGAAUACGACUAUGUGCUCAUUGAGAGCACCGGUAUCAGCGAGCCCCAACAGGUAGCAGAGAGUUUCACCACCGACUUUACUGAGGCCAUGAUGGGAGCCGAUGGAGCGCUCGAUCAAUUCGACGAAGAGGAGAAGAAGGUAUUCAACGAGAUCGCGCAAAACGGUGGUCUGAACAAGGUCGCCAAACUUGACACGACAGUCACAGUCGUAGAUGGCUUCAGGUUCUUUGAGGAAUUUGAGACUAUACAGCUCCUGCACGAACGUUUCCAGUCAGAGGUGGAGACGCCGGAAGACCAACGAACUGUCAGCGAUCUGAUGAUCGACCAAAUCGAGUUCGCUGAUGUGAUCAUCGUCAAUAAGAUUGACAUGAUCAACGACGACGUACUUGCGCGCGUUCGCGGUCUUCUCAAAACGAUGAAUCCUGGAGCCAAGGUCAUCGAAACCAGCCUCCGAGUCUCGAAACAAUCCGAAAACCCCUAUGGCGUCAAGCCUCUGGCCGUCAGAGAGAUCAUUGCGACUGGUAUGUAUAGCGAAGAGACCUCGAUCAAGAGCUCUGGGUGGUUGAAGAGCAUCAAUGAAAUGUCCAUGAUCGACAACCACGGCCGCACCGUCAUGACGCCCAAGCCCGAAACACUCGAAUACGGCAUCAACAGCUUCGUGUACCGAGCAAGACGCCCGUUUUCGCCUGGUCGUCUGUAUGAGCUUGUUCAUGACAAAUUCGUUAUUCUAGAACCCCAGGAUGAGGACGAAGAAGAAGACGAAGAGCAAGAAGAAGAGAGCGAGAACGAUGCAGAGGACAACCAAGACGAAGAGAACGCAGCGCAAGACCGACUUGGCGAAUCCGAAAACGAGCAGGAAGCGCUCGACACCAAGUACCCAGAUCUCGAUCUCCCAACCCGUCUGGCCAACAAGAAAGCCCAUCCAGUCUUCAAGCCUCUCCUACGCUCCAAAGGAUUCAUCUGGCUAGCUACCCGGCCCUAUGUCAGUGGUGACUGGUCGCAGGCUGGCGCCAUGCUCACCGUGUCUGGUGGGCUCAACUGGUUCGCCGUGGUACCGGAAGAACAAUGGCCUUCACCCAGUCAAGAUGUCACAGACCUGAUCAAGAAAGACUUUGAGGGUGAAUGGGGUGAUCGGCGACAGGAGAUUGUUUUCAUUGGUGAGGGCAUCGAUGUCAAGGCUAUCACGGAGCUCUUUGAUGGUUGCCUCUUGAACGAUGCGGAAAUGAUGAAGUGGGAGAGGAUUAUGAAGAGGAAGAACCUCACGAGUGAGCAGAGAGAGGACUUGCUAUGCAGAAACUUUGAUGAUGGUUGGGAGGAGUGGAACAACCCACUCGACGAGGAAGAAGGUGACGGUCAUGACCACGCUGGUCACCAUCAUCACUGA